GUGGGCGGCGCGGGACGGCGGCGCCUCACCCCCGCGCGCUUCCGAGGCUCAGUCGCCGGCCGACACUCUCGCUGUUAGUACGCGAGACACGCGAUGCAAUUUGCUGCCCUCUGACGUGUAGUCUGUGUGUGUGUGAAUCGGCAGACGGCGCGAGUGCAUCUGGAAGCUGUCCAGCGUUUGGAGCCGGAAACCACAGUGCUAAGUGCUAUAGAUCUCAGCUGAUCACGCCGUCAAGCGAGCGCACGGUAAUACUAUCAACUAAUUCAACGUCUGAAAGCCAGUACUACAGUUCAACACUAAAGAGCACCGUCGGCUGUCGUUCAGCGAGCAGCGUGGGCGUGGGCGCGGUGACGGUCGCAGGCGCAAGCGCGGGCGCGGGCGCGUGCGCAGGGCGCAUGGCGAGCGCGGGCGCGCAAUUCCGCGGCGGCGCGCAGCAGUGGGCCGCGGCCUACGCGCCGCCCUGCCGCUAUCCGCCACCGCAGCAGUCUUACGCGGCGGCUCCUAGUCCUUACACCCCCCACCAGGGUAUAUAUUUACAGUACUCCGGCAUCGGUAUGUCGGGCGGUUGCGGCGCGGCCGGCACGCGCGUGCCUACCGCCGCGUCUCCGGCCAAUACAGCAUCUAGUUCCUCGUCGAACUCAGCAGGGGGCACUCGCUCCACUAGCCUCAGCACCGCCCCACCUCCACCAGCUUCCUCCACGUCGACCACGGGAGCUUCGGGGGAGCAACUAAGCCGUACUAAUCUCUAUAUACGAGGCCUCAAUCAAAACACCACGGAUAAGGACCUCGUACAAAUGUGCCAAAUGUAUGGCAACAUAAUUUCGACAAAAGCUAUAUUGGAUAAAAAUACAAAUAAAUGUAAAGGUUACGGUUUUGUAGAUUUUGAGACGAUUGCGUCGGCGGAGGCGGCUGUUAAGGGAUUACAGGCGAAAGGUGUCCAAGCCCAGAUGGCUAAAGUGGGUAUCUGGUUCCUGCGUAGACUGAACCGUCAACAAGAACAGGAUCCAACCAACUUGUACAUGGCCAAUCUACCGCCGCACUUCAAGGAGAAUGAUGUGGACCAACUGUUGGCCAAGUUUGGACAAGUGGUCUCGACGAGAAUCCUACGCGACACUCAUGGACAUAGCAAGGGUGUUGGUUUCGCAAGGAUGGAGUCUAGGGAAAAAUGCGAGCAGAUUAUUCAAAUGUUCAAUGGAAACCCAAUACCGGGAGCCAAGGAACCGCUACUCGUGAAGUUUGCUGAUGGCGGAAACAAGAAAAAGACAUCUUAUAACAAGCAAAACGAUAAUGGCCGAGGAUGGAGGGAUAACACUGAUUCCAUACAGUUAUACUUACAGCAGGCGAUGAGCGUGGGGGGCGUGUAUGGGGGCGUAGCGAACGCGGAGUGCGGCGUGUACCGUGGCGGUGCCGGCGUGUACUUCCACCCGCAGUUGCACCACCACCACGCGCCGCACCCAGCGGCGUGGCUGGCUCCUUACGCUGCGCUCAUUCCGCCCGCGCCCGCUCCGCAUCCACACCCGCAUAUACCUAUAGAUGCUGUGCCUAGCCAAUAUGUAAACUGGGACAGCUUAAGGCCGGAAAACGAAGUAUACUACUUUGCAUCACCUCCGUACCAGUACUUCGCGGGCCCCAAUCCGCCGGUGAUACAGAUGCCUAUGGAGAGUGAGCAUGCGUCCACGGCCGCCUCACCCGACGAGGCUUACCAGCCCUACCCGCCUCCCAAGUAGACGAUAAGGAACCACCCAUGUACACGAGCCAAAAAUCAAAGCAACUGUGACUUUUUACGAUGUUAAUUUGUUUUAGUUUAAUUUGCGGCCGUUAUAGACUUCAUCGAAAGUUUCGCCGCGGUGCGCCGCGUGCGAGUGCGGCCUUGUACGUAUACGUGGUGCGUCUCGGACGUACACGUAUCGGCUCAUACUGAGGUAUGAACUGGUGACGGCAUCGUGUCCGUACGUCCAAGGCCUUUUAGUUUUAAGCCUAAUUUUAUUUAAUACUUUCGCCUCGACUGUUUUCUCAAUGGCCUUCGUCUCUUGGCUUACGCUAAACGUUCAAAACGCUGUGAUGUUUUGAUGAGGUCUUUUGACGGCUCGGAAGAGGAUUCGAUGUAUAGAAUUAAAUCCAAUUUAAAAUGUGUUUUUACAUUAUAGUUUUAUUAUUGUUUUAUGAAAAUUUUUAAAUUUAAGAUUUUAGACACAGAUUUUGAACAUGUUGACACGAUUAUUUAAGAUAGAUAGGUAUUUAUUUUAGCUUAGUACGAUUAUUUGAAUGAAUUUUUAAAUUUAUUUUGCAAAUUAAAUUUAUUUAUUUCUGUGUCAUAUAUCGUAAGAAGAAAUGGCUAAAUUCAACAGAACUUAUAUCGAUCAAAUAACGUGCAAUCAGAGAGUAAUGAAAUUUUAUAAUAAUAUAGUUUUAAAAGAGAAUCAUUUCCUUAUAGUUUAUUUUCUAUUUUAUGAAAAGCAAUAUCCGAAGACGGCAGAGGGCGGUGAUUGGAAAAGGUCAUAUCAAAUAUAUGCAAAAGGAGAAAUAUGUGUGUUAGAGAAAGUUUUAUAACAGUUUAGAACUUGGAAAUAAUUUAUAAAUAUUUCGAAGAUUGUGAAUCUUCCUUGUAAAUGAUGUAUUUCAAAAAUACAUUGAACAAUAUCAAAGUUCCAACUAUUAUAAUGGCAAGUAGAGAGUUAUGACCACCUCGUGGGUUUAUGCUAAUGAUACGUUCGGCAUGGUGCUUUAGUAAUUUUGUUUGAAAAUGGUACUAAAUCUAUGAAAUAUACAGUAUUAUUUACAUUAAAUCACACUGGUGCAGUCUUCCAAGAGCUGUUCGGUUCAUCUCCAUACAACAUGGGCCUCUUAGCAUCGAUACCACUUUCCUAGUAGAUUUAGCGAUGGUAAGGUACAUUCGUACACGCGAAUAUGCUACUUCACUCUUUUAUAAUACAGUUGUUAACCACUUGACAAAAUUGUAAACGUUGUUGCCAAACCCGAAGACAGACUGAAUUUAUGUAUACCGAAACUUCCAAAUAAUUAUUUCUUGAUCCGUGUUUUGAUCCAAAUGUUAUUCAUACAAUGAUAGUAGCCAUACAUCACGAUAGUUUUUUGUACGAAUCGGCGUCGGCGGGUGCUAUUGUCGGGACGUGCCCGUCUGGAAGCUAUAGAAACAUUAGCAAUAAGCAGUUGUAUUAAAGUCUAUUUAUACAUUUUACGAGUCUAUACAAAUUUUUGUAUGUGUAAAGUCAUGUUUGGAAUGAGGUGAUCCUUUUUUUGAGAAUCAUGUACUGAAUCAAAUGGUAGUUGUUAUUUUAGGCGGUCGGCACAUUCCACUAGUGAACAUCAAAAUUCCACGAUUUAUUUCCACAUUAUGAAAUGUAAAGGAUUUGAAAUCCAGCGCACGCGCAUUUUGGUGCGAGCGACGUUUUGUACCAUCGCGUAGGUUUUGGGUACACUUUAUGACUUUAUAUGAAAUUUGAUAUUUUUAUAUUGAAUAUAUAUAAAUUAUACAUGGAUAUGUAUACAUGUAUAUACAUUGUUGAUGGGUACGAGUAAAAGCCUACUAUAUAGCCACUGUUUAAUUCUAUUUUGGCACGUCAGAGUUUCAUCAGAACCAAAGUAUACAAAUCAUUAAAAUCGAAUAAGAAGUAGGAACAUAUUUAUAAAACAAGUCAGGGACUGAAGACUAGUUAAAUGUUUGAUAUAUUAACUGUAUUUUAACUGAAGGUGAUUAAGCGAUGACCUCUUUGUUCAAAACCUGUGUAACGACUUAACAAUACAGGAACUGACAUUAGAUGAACUGCAGGUUUUGAAUGAAUGACGUAGAUUUCAAUGAAAUAAUUAGACUUUUUGUACUUGAUUGUAUUCUAUCGAUAACGGAACUAACGUCUGUGGACCGCAGAAACUUCGCGUAGCGGCAUUUUUAUAGGUGUUCUAUCGACAACGUGCGUAUCUUAUCCGUAUGAAAGCAAGUAUGUUACCACAGUACGAAUGUUUCAUUGCGCGACCACCGAGCAUCUCUGCAUGAGCGCCGUUGCUUCGUAGAACACUAAUCACUAACGGUACUAUCAUAAAGUAAUAUCGCUCUUUUGUUCAGCUGACUGCCUCUAAUUCGAAUGAGUUUACGCUAUCACAAUACAAUUAAACUCACUACGGCUUGAGUAGGUGUGUACUUGUAUUGAUACUCCAUAGAUCACUUUUAUACUAGUAUAAUUGUGGAUCGAGCCAAAUUUCUUGAACUGAUUUAAACCGCCUUGGAUUCUUGUGAAAAUAAAACACGAAGUGCAAUGUACGGUAUUUAGAUAAGUUCGUUCACGUGUGUUCGAUAUAUACAGUGGCUUCCUGUAAAUGCAGUCUUCCGAUAGAUAUUUCCGCUAAACUUUGCAUUUAAAAUUGAUGUCGUAUUUGUACACAGUCCAAAGCUACUAUCCCCGUAUUUGUUUGAUGUCAUAGUGGUCUAUGAGAUGUGAACCCGUGUCCAUUUAACGGUAGUAUUUCAGUUAAACCCGAAGCACUUGUAGAGACACAGUAAGUAGGUAACGUAGUGUCGCACGAUCCGUAUAGGAUGCCGUCAAAAGCGUUAUUAUUUGAGCACGAAUUAUUUUCUCAGGCUUCUUCUUCCAUUGAGAGCAAUAAAUUAAUUUUUACGGUAGUGCCUUCAGCUUCGUUGAUACAGAUGUGAAUACAAUAAACCAGUUGCAUGUGCUUUACGAAAUAUUUUUACAGGUAAUAGAGAACUUACCGUAAUCAUAAAUGUAGGGUAAUAAAGCUGUUUUAAUAUUUUCUAUCGAUCACUAAACGAAAUAAUGUGGCUGUCUAAUCGUUGCAUUUUCACACAUGGUGUUGAGAUUGAAUCCGGGAGUUAAUUCUUAGAUGUUCCUAGUUACACUCGCUUCAAUAUUCUUGACAUGUGUGAUAAAGCGUUACAAUGAGAUUAUGGGUGAACGUGACGUUAAGCGUUAGUUAGUUAGGAGUUACGUGAAGAACAAGCACAAAAAUAAGGAACCAAUUCCUGAAUACCAAAACGAUUCAAAUGAGACAUGUCGAUGAAUUGAAGUUAAUGUUUUUAAAUAAGUCAUAGUUAUAAGGGAGCGCGCGUUUUGUAUUUGUGAAAUGUGAAACAGGAUCGACGAAAUUGAUGGCUAGUUUUAGCUUUAGGCUUAAUUAGAUAGGUUAGAAUAGCAAAAAAAUGUUUCGACGCUAAGUUAGCAUAGCGACUAGAUUAAUGGGCGGGCCGCGGCGCGCCUCGCGGCUCUAGGGUAGUUUCCUCUGUUAGUUUAUUAAAUAAUUUAAUUUAAAUGGACUGAGGCCGGCGCGGAGCGUCUGCGCCCGCCCCUAGCUUUAAGGAAAUCUAAACCUAGCGAACACUCGGAGUAAGUUUCAGUUGAAGAGUUUGCUUUCACCUCUUUUGUUAUGUAGUUGAAUAAGUGUAAAAGAAAUUAAAUGAGAAAAAAAAUACCGUGAAGUGUCGAUACAAUUGUAUUUGUCCAAUGUAUUAUUAGUGUGGUGUUCUACCCGGCAGCCUAGUCUAGCGAGUAGAUUAGAUAAAAAUUAGUUAGGUAGCUUAGAAAUGCAAAAAAAAUUUCAUAAAAUGUAAAAAAAAGAUGAAAUUGUUGGUAAGAAAGAGUAUUUUUAAGGAACAUGUUGCUUCGUUGUGUUAUGAUGUGCGGUUUGGCAUAACUAUAACUGAAAUGAAUUUCUCGACACGGGAAGACAGAAAGUUAUGUAUCUAUUUUGUUACGAAGUGUUUGCAAGUUUCUAUAUAGUGCUAUGAGCAUAUUAGACCGCAUUAUUUAUAGUUAUGCUGAAUGGAACUAAAAUAAUAUAUAAAAUAAAUGAAAAUGGUACUAAGAAGCAUGUUUUAUUGUGACGAGUCAUGUUCCUUUGCAUUGAACUUGAUAUUUUGUAAGAGCAAAUGAUUGAAAUAAAACAAGCAAAACCA